AAAUGCUAACAAAUAGUUAGCAUAUAUAUUACUAUUUGUUAACCAACUGUGCAACUUGCCCUAAACUUUACAGUAGCAAAAUUCGGCAUGAUACUUACAAAAUAGACAGUUAUGUAAAGUUUGCUGGAGUAUGCAAAGACAUCUUAACUGUAGCUGGACCUGAGGUAGAAGCUGAACUGAAAGCAGCAAAAGUGAAUCGAGGAGAAAUUUUCGUGACCCAGUCUGGAAACUUUCCCUGUAAAGCUAUUUUUCACAUGUAUGGAGAAAUGCGUGAAGCUCUCAUUGAACAACUUGUGUGUGAUAUCAUUUACUAUUGUGAAUCGUAUAAAUACAGCUCUGUGGCAAUUCCUGCCAUCUGUGCUGGAACUGGGGGGUUGGAUCCUGCUAUUGUAGCAGGUGCCAUUCUUCGAGGGAUCAAGUCAUCUGCAUCAUUCACGACCAGCCUCACCGACAUCCGCCUCAUCCUGAUUAAGAUCGAUGUCUUCUUGGCUUUUAAAGAGAAAGCGAUGCAGAUGUAUUCCUCAGCUGUCAUCAACAGAGUACUUCCAGUGCUUCCAGUACUUCCAGUUCAAGUACAGCAACAACAGCCUCCUCAUUCUGUGAGUGCAUACCUCAGCAGUCUCCAUAUCAGCUCCACAAGUCAGCAGUCUGUCUUCACGUUCCUGGGUCUUUCCAAAAAGGACGUUAACGAUGCCAUGGAAAAGCUGAAGCAUCAAUAUCAGACACAGUGCUCCAGUAACACUUUCUCAAAGGAGGAACUGGAACCCCUCAGCCAGGAUGACAUGAUGGAGCUGAAGGAACUGGUGGAGGCUGAGGGUUUAUUCAUGCAAACUGAUCAGUCUGGCACCCUAACAGUGAGCGGGCUAAAAGACGGGGUCAUGCGGGUAAUGCAGAAAAUGAGUCAGUGUCAGAACAUAAACUUCACUAGAGAGGUGAGAGUCAGAGAGGAGGAGGAAUUGUACCUCCGAGUUGUUUGGUGCAUCCUGGCACAUAACGGUAACUGGGAAAGAAUUCCCAGAACAGCCAAUCACCAACUGGAAAACAACAAAUUAACAGAAGGAAUAACAGAUGCCCAGGGACUCACAUGGGAGGUUAAUCUACAGACAAUGGUGGCCACACAACCACUGAGCAGACAGACAACGAAGCUGAAACGACUUGAGAAUCUCCCAGACUUUACUUUCCCUCUGUACUGGGACAGCAUGGCUGCAAGUGAGAGUAUGAAGGUUAUUCCUCUGGAUCCUUCCUCUCCAGAGUACCAGACAGUGAAGGUGGCCUUCAAACGAACUGUCACCAAAACUGUGAUGAAGAUUGAGCGUUUGCAGAAUGUUCACCUGCGGCGCACCUAUGAAGCACAGAAGAAGCACAUUUCUGAUAAGAAUGCACGGGAGGGAGGAGCAGGGGAGAAACUUCUGUACCAUGGGACGACCCAGGAAAACUGCAACUCCAUAAUGAAAACUGGAUUCAACAGGCGCUUUGCUGGGCAAAAUGCAACUUCAUACGGUCGCGGGACCUACUUUGCUGUAGAUGCCAACUACUCAGCCAAACCCACCUACUCCAAGCCAGCUGCUGAUGGUUCUCAGUUAAUGUUCGUUGCCCGAGUCCUCACAGGCGUCUACACUCAGGGCCAAAGUGAUAUGAUGGUGCCUCCACCUCGAAACCCCCAGCAGCCUCACGACCGUUACGACAGUGUGGUAGACAGAAUGGAUAACCCCAGCAUGUAUGUUGUGUUCCAUGACAACCAAGCGUACCCCGACUACCUCAUCACAUUCAAGGGAGAGUAAAGGAAAAGUGUUUUCCACUGCUGACAAAUGAAGGUGUCUGAAAACCCCAAGAAGAAAAACAUAAAACUUAUAUAUGCACAUUUCACACUACAAACAAUUAUAUUUAAUGAAAUUACGAGAUUAUUUCUUAAGUAUUGAAUUGUGUCUGAUUUUAAGCUUAAUUACCGACCUGUUGCUGUUGGGGUGCCUGGGUCGUCGACCCAGUGUUUAACUACAUUUCUUUAUUAAUUCUUAGGUUUUGGUUGUUAUUUCCGUGUUCCCUUUGUAGUGUCUAUGGUUCCAGUGUCUGCCUGUGAGUCUGUGUAUAUAAGUUCAGUCUGUUAUGUUUCCUGGUUUACUUUGAAAGCCUGUGUCCUAGGUUAAUGUAUUGAGUUUUGCUUCCCUUUAGUCUCGUCAUGUAUGAUUUGUCCCAGCUAUGUGCCAGCUUCUGUCUCUCAUUCCCUGAUUGCUCCCUCUGUGUAUUUUAGCCCUGUGUUUCUCUGUGUCAGUGUCGCGAUCUACCAUCAAGCUGUGUGUUCCGUACUUCUGCCUGCCAGUUUAGUUUUCUGUGUUUCCAGUUUAGCCAGUUUUCUGUUUUGUCAUUUAGAAAUAAAUCAUUGUUUUGAGUCUGCACUUUUGGG